AAAUGGAACGUGCGAGACUUUGGGCUGUGUCACGUGCGCACCCGCAUGUGACGCCCGCGCAAAUGAGUUGGGAAAGAGAAGCGAAAUGAAGAACAUAUACUCGAUCCUCGCCCGCCCGCCCGCCCGCCCGCCCGCAAAGAGGUACCCAACUUGUUCAGCUUGCUGCCACGGUUCGCAUCUCUAUCUCGCGUGGCGAACCAAUCGAGUGUGAACUCCUGAUCCCUUUCUGUCUUCUCACUUCCUUUUCUCUUGCCGUGGCGUGGUCCUGUCUGUCUUCAGUUUCGCCGGGUCGUUGAGCAUUACCUGCUCGACAAAAUGCCCCUGUGAAACCUCUGCAGGUUAUCCGCUGUGGCACAUGUAACACGAAACCACUAUAAUUCAUUGUUUCGUAUGAAGUGAAAAUGAUUGUGGGAGCAAAGAAACUGUGCAGGUUUUCUCUUCAUUUUAGCAGCCUUGUCUCCAACUUUUCUCCGGUACGGUCAGUCUCUUCGUUGCAAAGUCUCGAGGGAACCUUGAAAGCUGCAGUUCAAACCAAAAACUACCAGCAUAUACCAGACCUUCUCAAUUCUUCCCAAGACCAAAAUCCGAAACUCUUAUCUUUUCUAUCAGAUAUCCCCCCGAACAACAGAACCCAAAUAAUAGAUGAAAUUUUACGGUGUUUUGUCCCUCUCAGACCUCGUUCUAGGCUGCGGACUGCAUACACCUGCCUCCUUUGUUACACCCUUCAAAGUCCUGAUCCUUUUCCUCUUGCUCUUAGCAUCCUUCAACGUACCCUUCGCUCCGGCUGCACUCCAGUUCCCCAAGCCAGUUUGUUCCUCUCUUCCGCAUGGUUGGAACAGAUAUCCCAGUCUCGUUCUGUAGCUGACAUUUUGUUAGAUAUGAGGUCGAUUGGGUACAGUCCUGAUUCGGGCACGUGCAAUUACGUUAUAUCAUCUCUUUGUGCUGUUGAUCAAUUAGGAGAAGCAAUUAAAGUCCUGAAGGGAAUGACUCAGGCUGGUUGUGUUCCUGAUUUCGAUAGCUAUGGUGCAGUAAUCGGCGCAAUGUGCUCCUCCAGAAGGACUCCUGAUGCUGUAGAGUUGUUGAAACAGAUGGUGGUGAAAGGUGGGUUGACACCUAGGCAAGAUACAGUGGCAAAAAUGCUAGCAACGUUGCGUGCGACAAAAGAGAUUCGGAAGGCAGUGGAGACUAUUGAGUUCUUGGAGAGGGAAAAUUACCCUCUUGGAUUUGAAUCGUAUGAAAGGCUGGUAGAGGGAUGUUUGGAGUGCGACAAUCAUGUUUUAGCAGGAAAAGUGGUGAUGUCAAUGACGGGCAGAGGGUUUAUCCCUUACAUUGGCAUAAGGCAAAAGGUAGUAGAAGGUUUAGCCGCUUGUGGGGAGAUGGACCUCGUCCGUGCUGUGAGACAGAGAUUUGUAGAGCUGAGAUCGUAGUACCUUCCGAUGGGAGUGAGUGCAUAUUUCAUUUGCCAUUUUGACAUUGGCAGUGUUUGUCUUCUUUUUUGGCUGCAUAGAUCCGAUAUUGAGGCAAUUGCUGUUAUGUUCUCUUCGGAUAGUCAACAACGGAAGGCGGGCAUCUUUAUUAAUUUGCAGUGUAUCAAAAGCUAAUGCGGCUUGGCAAAUGUGUAGUUUCUUGAUAACAUGCCUAUUUGUAACUGCGAAAUUACACAGGAAACUAUUGUG